CCCUUCUCUCUCUCUCUCUCUCUCUCUCUCUCUCUCUCUCUCUCUCUCUCUCUCUCUCUCUCUCUCUCUGCAUUUGAGAGAAGAUUCAGAUUUCCAGAGAAGGUGGACUUCACUGACCUGCCGAAAUAAUAUUUGUUGCCCAGAAACGAGAAUCGGACCCCUGAGCUUGACGCAAUCAAUCGCCUUACGACAACAAGGACGAGAACAGAAACCACCAUGAGGACUCCCUUCUUCAAGCCCUCGCCUUCGCCUUCCCGCUCCCCUCUCAGAUUCACCCCGGCUUCGUCCCCCAUGCGGCACACCUUCUCCGAGUCCCUCGUCGACGAGAACAUCGACAACGCCGAGUCCCUCAUCGCCAAGUGGGACCCUUCCCACCAGACCUCCUCCUCCUCCUCCUCCUCCCUCUACCGCGACAGCCGCCAGGAGUCCAAGCGGUUCCUCAAGUCCGUCAAGGACUUGCAGGCCGCCAUGCACUUCUUCAUCAAGGAGGACCCCGCCUCCGACAAGCUCGUCCGCGCCCAGUCCCUCAUGCAGACCGCCAUGAAGCGGCUCGAGAAGGAGUUCUACCUCAUCCUCUCCACCAACCGCCAGUAUCUGGACCCCGAGUCGGUCUCGAACCGGUCCUCGAGUGUCUCCGAGGGCUACGACGAUGAAUUGGAAGAUGACCUGAAUUUCGGCGGUGAUGACUCGGAGUCGUCGGGGACACCGGAGAGGAUGUCGCUGCCUUCGUCAACCGUGAUGGCGGAUCUGAAGGCCAUCGCCGAUUGCAUGAUCUCUUCGGGCUACGGCAAGGAGUGCGUCAAGGUGUACAAGAUCGUCCGCAAGUCGGUCGUGGACGAGGCUCUGUACCGGCUCGGGCUAGACCGGACGCUGACGCACUCGCAGAUCCAGAAGAUGGACUGGGAGGUUCUGGAGACGAAGAUCAAGUGCUGGCUGCCAUCGGUAAAAUUCGCGGUGACCACGGUGUUCCACGGGGAGCGACUCCUGUGCGACCACGUUUUCGCUUCUUCGCUCCCCAUCAGAGAGUCCUGCUUCGGCGAGAUCACGCACGAGAACGCGAUCGCCCUGUUUGGUUUCGCGGAAUGCGUGGGGACGUGCAAAACAUCCCCCGAGAAGAUGUUCCGCGCGCUCGACAUGUACGAGGCAAUCGCUAACAUCUGGCCCGUCAUCGAGUCCACCUUCUCCUACGACUCCUCCUCCGCCGUCCGAUCCCAGGCCGUGAACGCCCUAGUGAAGCUCGGCGACGCCGCGCGCGUGAUGCUCGCCGACUUCGAGGCCGCCAUCCAGAAGGAUGCCUCCAAGGCCGCCAUCCCCGGCGGCGGGGUCCACCCCCUCACCCGCUACGUCAUGAACUACCUCACCUUCCUCGCCGACUACAGCGAGAUCCUCACCGACAUAGUCGCCGACUGGCCCGUCGAGGCCGCCGUCCCCGACCUCGGCUCCGACGCGUCGCCGCUCUCGGCUCGGCUCACGUGGCUCGUGCUCUUGGUGCUGUGCAAGCUCGACGCGAAGGCCAAGCGGUACAAGGACGUGGCUCUGUCGUACCUGUUCCUGGCCAACAACCUCCAGUACGUCGUCUUCAAGGUCCGGCAGUCGGGGCUCAGGUACCUGCUCGGGGAGGACUGGGUGGCGAAGCAAGAGGCGAAGGUCAGGCAGUACGCCGCCAACUACGAGAAGAUGGCGUGGAGCAAGGUGCUGGCCUCGCUGCCGGAGGCUCAACCGGCGGUGGCGGAGAUGUCGACGAGCCAGGUGAAGGACACGUUCCGGAGGUUCAACGCGGCGUUCGAGGAGGCGUACAAGAAGCAGGUCGGGUGGCUCGUGGCGGACCCGAAGCUGAGGGACGAGGUGAAGGGGUCGCUCGCGAAGAAGCUGCUGCCGAGAUAUCGCGAGCUUCACGACACGCGCGGGGCGCCCCUGAGGAGGGACACGUUCAGGGAGGGGAUUGUCAGAUUUGCCCCCGAGGAUCUGGGGAAUUACCUCUCCGACCUGUUUCACGGGUCCGAGGGUUCGGGGAGCUAUUCGUCCUCGCACUCCUCGCCCUCGUCGAACAAAGGGCGGAGUCAUUGAUCCAUUUGGUUCUAACAUGUACACAAACGAACGCUUGAGAUGUAUAGAGAUGGAAUAGUAGUUUGUGAAGUUGAAAGAUUGUCAUUCUUUGAUUUAUCAAUUACUCGAUUUUCCUA